AUGGUAACAUCAACAAGAAUUGCAGAGAAGUAUGAGAAGAUGAUUAGAGAUAACCCAACAUGGAGUAUCAAGAAUAUGAUUUCUACUGUUUCUGAAGAAAUGUUUGCAAAUGCCAGCGUUCCUCAGUGUAAGAGAGCAAAGGCACAUGUUCUGAAGAAACUUUAUGAUGCAACAAGGUGUGAGUAUUCAAGGAUAUUUGACUACCAACUUGAGCUACUAAGAAGUAACCCAGGCAGUAUAGUAGUAGUCACUCUUGAUAGUGAUAGUCCAACUCCUGUGUUCCAUAGAAUCUACGUAUGCCUUAAUGCUUGUAAGAAAAGAUUCCUUGCUGGUUGUAGAAGAGUUGUUGGACUAGAUGGUUGCUUUUUCAAGGGAUCAACCAAUGGUGAGUUACUAUGUGCAUUAGGGAGGGAUGCAAAUAACCAGAUGUACCCAAUUGCUUGGGCAAUAGUGGAGAAAGAGACCAAUGACUCAUGGGACUGGUUUUGUGCUUUGCUAUUUAAAGAUCUUGUUGCUGGUGAUGGUGAUGGUUGGGUGGUCAUAUCAGAUCAACAAAAGGGAAUUAUUAAUGCUGUUGAGACCUGGAUACCUAAAGCUGAGCAUAGAAAUUGUGCUAGGCACAUUUAUGCCAAUUGGAGGAAGAAGUUCAAGAAUAGGGAAUGGCAAAAAAAAUUUUGGAGAUAUUGGCAGUUAGCAGAGCUCCCUUGCUGUCAUGCUAUUGCUUGCAUCCACUACAAAACCAAUAGCCUUGAUGAAUAUAUUGCCUCCUGCUACUCAGUGAAAGCAUUCAUGUCAACAUAUGAACAUUGCCUUGAGCCAGUGGAAGGCAUUCAUAGCUGGCCAGUAUCUAAGAGACCCAAGCCUGCUGCACCUCCCUAUGUUAAAAUGCCAGGCACUGCUCAGGCUUCGUCUAGUGCACAAUCUAGGCCUAUUAACAAGAAGAGCUCCUCAAAAGUGAAGAAAAGGGCAUCUACCACAAACCACUUAGUUCAAGUUCAACCUGCUGUUGCACACAAGAUUCAUUCUCCUAAGUCUGGCCAUGCUAUUACAGUAGCAGCAGCAACUCAAGGACCACCAAGGAAAAAACUUCAACCAGACUUAUGGCUAUUGGCUAGUGAUGCUUAUUUUGGUGGUAAUGCCAAAGUUAUGGCUAAGUGA